GUUCAUUUGACUUUUUUUUCUGGCUUGUGUCUCUCAGUACAUCAGAACUAAAACAGGGCACCGCAUCAUUUUUUUCCUCCUCUUCGACUUCGUUAGUCCGCUGUCUUCAGUGUAAGAUGCAUCAGAGCGAAAUCUGUUGACUGUCCUCGGAGAACUCUCUUUUAAAAAAAAAAACCAACACGAUGUAUGCUCGUUCCGUGGAAGUGUACCCGGCUCUCGUGACCGAAGCGGUGCUGGACUUCUACGCACAGUACCUCGUUGCACGUGCUGCUUCCUCUCAUAGCGACGAUGGAGCAGGUCAAGGCACCGCUUCAACCUCGCAGGAGGUGCCGCAGAGUCUUGAGGAAGCGCUCGCACCUUUAGAGGUCCUUUAUGGAAAGACAGCGUUAUCCGCCAUUGGAAUUGCCCUGCACGGGGCCGAGCCUGUUAUUCGUUAUGUGGAGGAAAUAAACCCAGAAGCAGAGCAUGAACGAGAAAAGGACGACCGAGGCGCAGUCGAUGAGGAGGAAGAGGUCACCUCAGAUGACGAGGAAGGAGGUGUGCACGUACGAAUGGCUCCACCUGCAAGCAGAGAGGCUACCGCUACGGACCUUGCAAGCCCGUCGUCGUUCGCCACUCAAGACAGGAGGCGAAACGAAGAACCGCACGUAACAGCAGCAACAGUGACAACAACGACGCUCUCGCAGCAAGCGAGGCAACGCGGCCGUUGUCUCUACCACGUUGGUGAACACACUCUCUUUUCUCCCUACUACUGUCCUUGUUCCGCGUAUGCCUAUCAAUCCAUCCAGCGGCAGGAGGUGUGGUGUUGCAAGCAUCUGCUCGCCCUACAACUGGCGCUGCGCGUGGAGGCAACGGGGCUGCCGCAGGAAAACUUACGCGACCGUAUCGUGCCCGCCGCCGAAUUCACGCAACUCUUGUCAUGUGCACUUUAG